AUGCCACCAAUUCGCACACAAGACACAAACAUGACAUCAGAGGGCAGCUUCGCACGACUGGGCUUUCCAGUCGUCUCGCGAGACGAAGCUCUAGCAUCAGCCAUGAGUGUAGUGGUAGCUGCGCAAACAAGGGCACCUCCGCGCCAGAAGCGCGUUCGUCGCGCGAAGACGCAUUCGCAUCCAGCACCGAUCAGUCGUACAGUAUCGACUCCUCCAAUCACACCGCCAACCCCGUCAGCUAUACCCGAAGAGGGCGAGAACGAGGACGCUGGCUCAGCUGCUGAUAUCGGUGACCCCGAUAUCGAGCAGGAUCUGGAUGGCGAAAACCAGCUCAUCUUUUGA